AUGGGAUUUCUGAUUUUCAACUUCGGCAUCCAUUGUUCUCCCUCUCCUGUUGCUGACAAUGUUGAAUCAACGCGUGCACACUAUAAUGAUAGAUUGCUCUGCACUUGCCUAUCAGAGAAAUUACAGAAGGCAAGUACAGAACUUGCUAAAUGUAUUGAAACAGUGGUAACGUUCAAACUGAAUUCUACCUUUAUUUGCUCUAGGUGGAGCAAGCGAUCUGAAUCUGGGGUGCUUGCUUGUUCAGCUCUCAAGGAACAGUAUAGGCAAACAAUUAUCCUUGGAGCAGAAUCAAGCUCUGAAAUAAAGCAACAGUACUGCUCCAUUGGAGACAAGAGACAAAAGCUCUCAAGGCCUUUACCUUUUUACUGCCUUGUCGUCCUACUUCAAGGCUCUAAAGACCUGAUAAAGGAGAGAAUGGAAAAGCGUCAAGAACAUUUUAUGCCUACAAAUUUGCUGGAUUCACAGUUUGAAACUCUAGAGGAACCAAAGAACUGUGAUUUGUACUCGGCAGUUAAUAUCUCAGUGGACCAAACUGUUGAGGAAAUUACAAAUGAAAUUUUACGGGCCUUGAAAGCCAAAUGUGGUGUAAGGGUAUCAAUACAUAGCACGGUAUAGGGAAAAUAAAUUUUUACUUUUAUAAGAAAAGAUUGGCUUUGCUCACGCAAGGGAAAGAGCAGGAGGUCAGCAAGGUUACAAAACUUUGACAAGUGUAGUUACAUCGCUUGAAUGUAUUUUUUCACUGGAGUCAAUUCAAAAUUUUUGCACUUCUAGUAAUUCCAAGGCAGCUGUAGUAAAAUAGCUUGAUCUCUUCUCAUAAGUAUUGGAAGACCUUUUUACUCCUUCAAAGACACAUGGGCUGUUUGAGAAGAUGGAAUAUACUGUGAAAAAGUUUGGAAGUCCAGGUAUGGGGUCAUUAUUCUUGUCUCUUGUGCCUGGACUUGGCCUCACAAAGCCAAAUUGUUUCCUAGUUCCAUUUAAGCCUCUGUGGAGGAGGGACGUUGCAAGAAGAGCUGUUGAUAAAGACAUUGACCCAAAUUCAGGUAACUGAAUGUAGCUCAACCCACUAUGUUUCUGGAUUGAGUGUCUUGACAAAAAAAAACUCUGGAUUUAUAGGUAAUCACAUGAUUUCAAUAGCAAUUAGAAAGAAACAAGUAAGAGUGAAUUUUUUUCAAAGGCUAACAGUAAGCUGAGUGCAAUUUGGUAGUCUGAAAAAUUUACACUUAUUAAUAAUACACUUUAAGAUAGAAUAUUUAAGGUCUUUGCCAUACAUUGUGUAUGUAGGCAGGCUGCCGUACCCUUGAUCUUCCAAAUAUCUUCAACAAUGUCUGAAGCUUUUGGCAAACUUCUGAUAAUAUGUUGGAAAAUUUUUGGAUAAUUACACCAAUAAGUACUUUGACUAAUCUGUUCUUAACUCUUUCAAUUUUUUAAACUGUAGUGGAAAGAUGUUAAAGUAGAACCAAAAUAAUUAUUGAAACAGAAUGAUGGUAGUCAAGCAGAUUUUUUUGUAUUGGAAUAAUAUUAUAAAUCACUUACAAUUACCUUGCAAAAGUGCAAUUUUAUAUGACAAGUAGUUUCUGAAACAUUCAGCUUCAAUCCAAUAUUAUUUUUUUAGAGCUCCAAUCUUAUUAAAUAAUAAAUUUUUAUUAUCUCAUGUAAAUUGUAGAACCUUUUUUGAAAGAGAUUAGGCACAUGUAGGGGUAAAAUAUAGUGAAAAUAACUUAACUUUUGAAAAAGGACAAAAUGUUAAAAUCAGAUUUUUGAGAUGAAUUGCUGUUUAGUGAUUAAGAAGUGCCCACUCCCCACUGAGUACCCAUGAUUUAUUUGAGAACUGCCCCUUCCUCCCCGGGGGAGACUCCCAUAUAAGAAGGGCAGGGGUACUCAUCAUACCUUUUAGGAGUUCUAAAAGAAGAUUUGGUAGCUCUUAGGGUGUUCAGCCUCUAAAGGUCCACAGCAAGAGCUUUUGCAGUACCUUUUAGGGUGCCGAGCCAAAGAAAGUCAGUGCCAGUUUAUGUGUUGUUUAAGAAUUGGUACCUCUAAAGGGUAAAAAAAAAUUCCAAGCCAUGCCCACAAAAUGGGAUCUUGAUAGCUCUUAGGGACUUUUUUCAAAAUUUCCGACAAGCAAUCCUGUCCUUUUUAUAUGGGGUUCCCCCCACCCCAGUCUACUCCCUUCCAAUCUUCCAAGGAGUGUUCAUUGUGAAGGUGAAAUUCAAGGUAAUUGACAAAGAAUAGUUUGACUGAUUAGAGGAGUGAGUUAUGUAGUCUACAUUCUUGACAGAAUGUGAUAUGGAACAUAAAUUGGGAAAAAAUUAAACAUUCAAAUUCUGUCAUGGCUGCGAGAGCCCCUACUUCGACAGUUUUUGAAUUGAAGUAAUCUGUUGUUUUUCAUUGAAGCGCCAUAUCACAUUCUGAUAUUUAUGUCCAAAAAGAAAUGAGCACCCUGCCACUCAAGUGCCCUCCCUUGAACUUAACCAAAAGUAAAUAAAUACCACAAGGGCUAAAUUUAAUCAAUAUUCAGGACAUGGACCAGAACCAGUAUUAUUUUCGCUUCUGGCUCAACCUUACUCGAUAAAAAUGUGAAGAAAUCUUGAACAAUUGUGCCCCAUCAAAUGAACUCAGACUUGCUCAGGUCAACCCAUCUGUUGUUUUCUUCUAAUAUUUAUAUGGUUAUAUGAGUGGCACCAUAAUACCAUGCUUAAUAUUAUAGUCUGAACAUUAUGUAAUUAUAUGUGUUCUCAAA